UAGGGUUUGCGAAAGGCCACUCAGUCAAAGGGCAUUCGCAUUUCGUCAUCUGUUUUCUUUAUCGCACAUAGAAGCAGGUAGAGAUGCCAACCUACAAGAUCAGGGGAAUCAAUGUCGAAUUCCCCUUUGAGGCGUACGAUUGCCAGCUCGUUUACAUGGAAAAAGUCAUCCAAUCUCUUCAAGACAGGUCUAACGCCCUAUUAGAGAGUCCUACUGGAACUGGCAAAACAUUAUGUCUUCUGUGUGCCACUUUAGCUUGGAGAAAGAGUUUGGGUAGUUUCUCAACAGGUAGGAAUGCGAUAAGAAGUCAGGACACAGGAGGCAAAAACUCAGAAGGACCAUCGUCACAGUCAGAAUCAUCACGGCUUCCCACAAUCAUAUACACUUCACGCACUCACAGCCAGAUUCGACAAGUGGUUCAAGAGCUCAAAAGAACCAUCUACAGACCCAAAAUGGUUGUAUUAGGAUCUCGUGAGCAAUUAUGCAUUCACCCUGAUGUAAGUUUACUUCAUGGGAAAACACAGACAAAUGCCUGUCAUUUCCUAUGUCAAAAACGCACAAAACGGUAUUGUACCCAUUUUCCUCGUGUCUCAGAAUUUGUGAAGAAUAAUCCUGGUCUUGGUGAUGAACCUAUUGACAUAGAGGACUUGGUCAAUAUUGGGAAACAGAGUGGCCCAUGCCCUUAUUAUAUGUCACGUGAGCUCCAUAAAGUUGUUGAUAUCUUAUUUGCACCUUACAACUAUCUUAUCGAUCCUGGCAAUAGAAAAUCUUUGAGCAUUGAAUGGGCAAACAGUAUACUUAUAUUUGAUGAAGCUCACAAUCUUGAGGGAAUAUGUGCAGAUGCUGCCUCUUUUGACCUACCUUCUUCCCUCUUAACUUCAUGUAUUUCUGAAGCACAAAACUGUGUAGACCUUGCUGUUUCCAGGAGAGAUCAAUCAAAUGACACAUCAUAUAAUCCAGAUAACUUUGCUAUUCUCAAAGCACUUCUGUUAAAGCUUGAGAAGCGAAUUUCUGAAGUUCAAAUUGACUCCAAAGAAUUGGGCUUUACCAAACCUGGUCCUUACAUCUAUGAGCUUUUUGGUGAGCUAAAUAUCACACACAAAACAGCCACCAAGCUCAUUGACACAAUUGAAGAUGCAACUGUAUUACUUGAAGAAGAUGCAAAAACCAGUGAUCCUCAAAAGACAAAGGGAACUGUGAAUAGGUUGGAGAGUAUAUCAGACAUUCUUAAAAUAAUCUUCAAAAGUGAUGGAAACGACGCCCAUGCUAAAUAUUAUCGUGUUCAUGUUCAGGAAGUUGAAGUGAAAUCAAGUGAUACAUUUAAAGGCAAAGCAUCUAGAAUCUUCAGCUGGUGGUGUUUUAAUCCUGGCGUUGCUAUGGAAGAAUUUGCAAAAAGAGAUGUUGGAUCUAUUAUUUUGACAUCUGGCACUUUAUCACCUAUGGAUUCAUUUGCUGAGGAACUGAAGCUUAAUUUUCCUAUACGUUUGGAGAACCCUCAUGUUAUACAAGACAAUCAAUUAUGGGCUGGAAUUGUUCCAGUGGGGCCCUCUGGUCAUCCGUUUAAUUCUUCUUAUAGGACACGCGAUUCUCCUGAAUAUAAACUAAAUUUGGGUAAUUCGAUUGUGAAUUUUGCUCGAAUAGUACCAGAUGGGCUUCUUGUCUUUUUUCCAUCUUACUACCUUUUGAAUCUGUGCAUUGAUUUCUGGAAGAACACGGGUGUAACUUCAACAAAUUCAAGUACUAUAUGGGAAAGAAUCUGUAAACAUAAGCUACCAGUUGUGGAGCCUAGACAAUCUUCACUUUUUCCCCAAGCAAUUGAUGACUACAUGGCUAAGUUAAGAGACAACUCAACUACUGGAGCAGUGUUUUUUGCUGUAUGUCGUGGAAAGGUAAGUGAAGGACUAGAUUUUGCUGAUCAAGCUGGAAGAGCUGUGAUUGUGACUGGAAUUCCAUUUGCAAUGAGGAAUGAUCCAAAAAUCCGUUUAAAACGUGAGUUUUUAGAUCAACAGGCACUCUCCCAAAAAGGAUCCAAGGUUCUCACAGGAGAAGAGUGGUACAGUCAACAAGCGUCACGGGCGGUCAACCAAGCUGUGGGACGUGUCAUUCGUCAUCGCCAUGAUCACGGGGCAAUUAUUUUUUGUGAUGAAAGAUUUUCAAAAUCAAACCAUCAGUCCCAGAUUUCACUAUGGAUACGGCCUCACCUCAAGUGUUACUCCAAAUUUGGGGAUGUGGUUUUUACGUUGACCCGUUUCUUUCGUGAUGCUGCAAUUAGCUGUCCAGUGAAACAAAAGUCAACUCAGAUUCAAGAACCAGGAGAAAAAAGUAGUCGGGACAAGAUCAUAUCUCUGGACAAACUUGAUCAGGACAAAUUUCUAAAAUCUUUAAUUGCCACAUCAGAUAAAUCUUGGUCUAUAGAACCAUCAUCAUCAUCAUUGCCAUGUUCGAGUGAAUUAAGGCGAGUCAACAUUUCGUCUCGGCUUAGUCAAAUACUUCCUGCAAACCGGUCAAAUCUUUCUUUCAAUGCACAAAAACAGACUUCAAGUUUGAAAAAUAAUAAUAAUAAUAGCAACGUGGAAAUAAAAAAACAUGAAGUGAUUGAUUUGGUAGAUGAAGAAACAAGCAGUGAAUUAUCCGCACCUUAUUUUAUAAAAAAGCGUAAAAUUGAAAACCCUAAAAAUGAAAACUUGUUACAAAAGUGUGAGAGUGGAACCAGAGAAGUUAAAAAGGAGAUAGCUGUAGAAAGGAGGACUGAAUUCGUCAAUUUAGAAACUGUAAGGGGUAGUUCAAGUUCAAAUUCAACCUCUUUGGCUUGUGAGAACCAGGAGAAGAAGGGAUCCACUUUUCUUAUUCAGGUUAGAGAGAAGCUUAGUGAUGGAGAAUAUAAAGAAUUUGUGGGAUUUAUGAAAGCACUUAAAUCUAAAGCAAUGAAGAUAGGUCAUGUUCUUCAAUGUAUCAUGGGAUUAUUUUCUGCACCAGAUAGACUUCCUCUUCUCCAAAGAUUUAAGGAUUAUAUUCCUGCAAAAUAUCAUACAUUGUAUGAAGAAUAUUUGGAGAAAACAAAAACAAAUGAUGCAGUAGCUGUAGAUCUUUUAUAAAAGGUAGUGUUCUUGUGUAAAAUUAUUUACCCUACCAUUAAUUAUCAUUAAAGUUAUAUGAUGUGUCUUGAAAAUAAUCAUUUAACAAGCAACUUAUUUCUAAGAAAUAACGGAAAUUGAGGUGUUUGAUGUAACUUUUGGCUGGG